AUGGUCCGCGACUUCCCUCGGGAGCCAUACCCCCGGCAAUGGCAUCCGGAGCGGUUUCCUAUCGACCCUCCACCCCCCGAUGAUGGCCGAUAUCACGAGUCCCGCGACGCUCGAAGACCCCCAAUUGAUAUCGAGAAGGCGCUGCGAGAUCACUGCAACAUCCCAGCCAAGAAGUUCUUCAUGGUAGCUGUUUUGGAUGACGGGUCCACGGAAGUUUUUGGUAACACGGGCGAAAGACACCACCCAAACGGGUACAGCAAGUUUUUCAACUUGAAGAACUUCAUUCGUCAUGUCAACUACGCCAGCCACGUCAGUGGUGUACGCCCUGUUGCCAUUCCCUUGCACGAUGAUUCCGAAUUCAGUCAUCUCGACAGCGAUGGCUACCACCAGAAUUUCGGCAGUUUUGGGCACCGCACGUCAGACCGUCGUCGACUAGGCGGCGAUGUGUUCGACGAGGAUAGCGGCUACAAGACACGCAAGAGACACCGAGCAGGAAUAGUAGCCGGCUACAGAAGAACCGCCAACGAUGAGGACGAUGUCGCGAUUGUGGUUACAUCUAAUACGAAGAAAACCCUCAAGGUGGGCGACCAGAAGGAGGUGUGGAAUCUGUACGAACAACGAUUCAAGAACUGUCAACAAACGGCCUGCAAGCUUAUCGCCAAGGCUUGGGUCAAGGUUGUCGAGCCGAAAAAACAAACGAAUCACCCAUACACUGGCCAGGACGAAAAAGCUCCAGACUGGUGGCCGAAGCCAUGGGAGAAAGUCAGGCACAAGGAGCCUGAUCAUCUCUACAAACGAGAGCGAGUUCAUCUCUUGUGUCACAUCCUUCGAAUGAUCGUGGAACCCCCUGAAAAGCAGCACCCGGCCAUCCGCAAAAUGAAUCUUAACGUACAGAAGCUAGAGGACGCUACCACGGAGGCAAUGUCGGCUUUCUUCUCAGACAAGGAGAACAAGCUGAACGCGAAGAAGAAGCCAUACCUCGACGAGAUUUUCAAAGUGGCUAAAGCGGAGGAGAGGUACAAGAACGGCGAAAUUGACGCCGAUACGCAGGUCUUUGUCAUGUCCGAAGACAAGUUCCCCGAGAAUUACCCAUCCGACAACGAGGACAAUGGCUUCGUAAAGGAGGAGGAGGAACACCCAUCCAUCAAUACGAGUGCGUCACCAUCGAAGACAGGAGCGCCGCACGACCUCUUGCACACGUCCAGCGGCGACCACAGCCCGGCGGGACCUCUACAUGGGGGCGCGUACAUGAACGAGAUGCCGAUGCGUAACCAACACUACUCUGCCCAGAUGCUGUCCUCGAACAUUCAACCCGAACACCAUUUCGUUGAGAACAACAAUAUCCACCAGCCCGGCAUGCCGCUGCAGGAACUUGUGCCAGCAUCUCAUGACCCUCAUCGCCGACCUUCCCUAUACGCAUCCCCCACCGAAUAUUCCAAUGCCGCCUCGGCAGGAAUGUACACGCAGCCAUGGCAAGGAGGAACAGCUGCUCCUGGUGGCAACUCGGUCUAUUCGUUUACUCCCCAACAGCCGGGGCCAGCACAGGGACAUUUUGCGAACCCUAGCGUCCCAAUGUCUCAGAACCAGUACAUGCCCACGCCAUACGACAACAUGUCCCGCGGCGGUUUCGAUUCUGUGUUUCGUCCCGUGAGUGCCAGCCAGACUCCUGUGCAGAACUCUCAGGGGUUUCCGGGCUAUCUACCGACGGAUGCACGAGGGAUUCCGGGUCCAGGAGGAAAAGCAGAACCACUUGCACGAGGGCAGAUGCAUUGA